UCUCUAAGAGAACAAUACCCAGAUGGGCCUUGAUCGUAGACCCAACACCAUAUUGCCAGAGGGCGGGGCCUCAUAACCCCACCUAUAAGACGCAAGAUGUGAAUUGUAUACAAAUAAGGGAUACUGAAAUGAGAAUGCUGGUGGCAGCUGCUCUCCUCCUGUGUUGCAUUGUCACACAGAUCCUAACCAAAAUCCAAGAUCCAUAUAAACGGGAGUGCAUAACCAGGAAGAUUCACUGCCACCCUAAAGCCAUUUGUCAGCAAGACGAGCUGACGUCUGAUUUCUAUUGCCGGUGUCUGCCCGGCUACAAAGGUGACGGAAUAAAUUCUUGUCAAGAUCCUGGAUUUCGUAUCACCACCUCCAACCUAUCAGCUUGCGAUGGCUUUGGAGAACAAGUUUGUCUUCUUAAGGUCACAGAACGGAAGGUCACCUUUGGGGUCACGGUCUCUGCUUUGGGCCACCGUCGCUCAUACAUUGUGUGGUGGUACAAAUUCUACAUCGGCCAAAGCCCCCAGUUCAACAGCUAUCGAAGAAGGCUGGCACCUGUGGAGAACAUGACCCGGAGGAUGAUAGUGGCGAAUCAUGGCCGGACCCUAACCCUACUGUCAAUCAAGGAAGAUGAUUUUUACCCAAACCUUUUCUGGGCGGAAGUGAAAUUGCAUGCGCCGCCUACCAAGACAGCUACGGUUGAAGCUUACGAUUGGAUGGCCUUUGAGAUGCUGAAUCCUUCCCAACUGAAGUACUUAUUUGUGUUGGAUAGUACACCGACAGAACUUGGAAGGUUCUUGGAAGGAGACACCGUCACCAUUCAGUUGCCAAAGUACAUCCAGCUGCCGCCUUCUAGUUUCGUCAGGUGGAUCAAGGAGCCGCGGCCAAGGACGUUGCUGGAGGGCCAGGCAGAGGUCUUAGCCAAUGGCGUGGAAAGGAUGGAACUUCAAGGAUUAAAUGACUCUGAUUUUGGCUACAUCCGAGCUCUUGUAUUUGAUUUUAGCCCCGAUGUUCCCGGACGAGUCUUGGUUGCCCAGAAGCUCUUCCUAAUAGAGAAAGAUGUCAGCAAAACUUGCCACGGAGGUCGGGAUGAAAAGAACUGCCACUGCAAGUCGGGGUUUGAAGGAAACGGUUUGCACUGUAUCGACAUCAAUGAGUGUGAGAAAGGGACACCCCUGAACUGUCUGCCGGAAGCUGAGUGCACCAAUACCUACGGAUCGUAUUUUUGCCGCUGCCCGAGAGGCUUGGAAGGAGACGGCCUGUUCAGCUGCAUCGACAUUGACGAAUGCACCAGGGGAACCCACGGCUGCAACCAAGACUCCGCCUGCUUGAACACCCUGGGCUCUUACUUCUGCAUGUGUCAGAGUGGAUUUAUCGGGGAUGGUGUCCUUUGUAAAGGUAAUCGAGCGAAAAGCACCUGGUCCCCGUGGUCUCCGUGGUCGGUCUGUUCUGCUACCUGUGGCGUCCAGAACCAGAUGCGGAUCCGACGCUGCACUCACCCGGAGAGUGGCGUGCGGUGUAAGGGACGAUCUGCUGAGCUCAGGGUUUGCCCUCAGCUACAACCCUGCAUGGUCAAUGGCCAGUGGUCAGAAUGGUCACCCUGGUCCAUAUGUUCGGAGACGUGUUCCGGGAUGAGGAGAAGGAUCCGCAGGUGUGACAGCCCUGCCCCCUCAAGAGGAGGGCUGCCUUGUCAAGGGGAGGAGGACCAGCUGGCCAUGUGCGGCAACCACCACUGCCCAGUCGAUGGAAGGUGGUCCCCCUGGGAGCCGUGGACUCCCUGCCCGGUCUCCUGCGGACUAGGAGUCAUCCGGCGAUCGCGGUCUUGCAACAAGCCUGCUCCGAAGCAUGGGGGGAAGAACUGCAGCGGCCACGGAUACGAGGAAGGCUCCUGUGGAUUUCCAGAGGCCUUCUGCAAAUAUCUGCCGAAAUUCUAUGCAUCUAGAUGACCCGGGAAACCAAGUCGGUGAAAAAGGCCAACGCUGGCCAACGUAGCAAAAAGGGAAAUGGAGGAACAGAAUGAUGAUCAAGUAAUCAUUCUCUGAUGGACACAGAACUGAGUGUGAGACCUAUGGCUUAGCUGGAAUUGGAGUCCUUCGUUGGACAUACAAAAUGAUUCUCACAUGUCCUCAAACCAUUGCAGGAGGAAUGGAUUAUCUUUGUGGGAAUUCAAGAAGGAGAGAACAUCAAACAGUUCCCAACCUUGGGUAUUCCAAUGUUCUUAGAGUGCAACUCCCAGAAACCUUCAGCUAGCCAGGAUUUCGGAGAUCUGUGGUCCAAGACCACCUGGGUUAUCCAAGGUUGGGAACCAGCGCUCUUGAAGAACACUAGCGAACCAUGUGAAUUGUACUAAGAAAUACCUGGAAUCAGGCAUCUUGGUGUCUUCUCCAGAAAUUAAAAUAUUCUUAAACUAGCUU